AUGAUCAGAUUAUGGUUUGCACUGCUUUUUGUUAAUCGAGGAUCUGCACUUGUUCCAGUAACUACAGCUCAACUUGGGGGACCUGUCACCUUUACAUGUGUUCUGCCCAAAACUGAGACCGGCCGAAGAGAUAUCCACUGGUACCAUCAGAGAGCUGGUGACACACUGAAAAUUAUCUGGACACUGAAAGAAUCGGCAACACCUAAGUUUGGACCUGCAUUUGAUAACUCAAGAUGGGAAGCUAAUUAUGAUAAAAAUGUCAGCAACCUGACGAUUCUGAGAACAAAUCAUGAGGAUGAGGGAAUCUAUCACUGUGGCUUCACAGAGUGGCUCCAAGAUACUACAUGGACGGGGACAUAUUUGUUAGUAAAAGAAAACACCCAGAGGAUAUCAAACUAUACCGUUGUUCAGGAGAAGACCAUCCGUCUAGGAGACUCAGUGACUCUCCAAUGUUCAGUUCUCUCCGGCUCAGUUAACAAGACAUGUCCAGGGGGUCUCGAGGUAUUCUGGUUCAAAGAAGGAUCUCAUAGAUCUCAUCCUAGUAUUAUCUAUACUGAUGGAAACGGACAUCAUGAAUGUAAGAAAAGAUCAGAGACUGAAAAGAGCUGUGCGUAUCGCUUCUCUAAGAACAUCAGCUCCUCUGAUGCUGGGACUUACUACUGUGCUGUGGCCACAUGUGGGGAGAUAUUGUAUGGAAAAGGAAGUAAACUGGACAUUCAAGGGUGCAGCGUGUGGUCACAGAGUGCAACUACAGUUAUUCUUCUGCUGUGUCCUGUACUGGUUCUGAUUGUUAUUGCUGUCCUCGCUUACACAAUCAAGAAAACCAACAGUGAUUAUUGCAAAGGUGAUGGCCUCCAGCUCACUUUGGAAUGGUUCACAGCCAAAUGUGAAGCAGUGGGAAUGAGAAUCAACACCUCCACAUCUGAGGCCAAGGUCCUUAGCCGGAAAAGGGUGGAGUGCCCAGUCCGGGUCAGGGACGAAUUCUUGCCCCAAGUGGAAGAGUUUAAGUGUCUCUGGGUCUUGUUCAUGAGUGAUGGGAAUGCCGUGGAAGUGGUGAUAGUCUGA